AGGAAGAAAUACGGAGUAAUUCUUUUUCAUUACAUCUAUCACCCCCGAGAUCUCUCCCUCUCUCCGUGUGUCUCUCUUUCUUUUUUUCACUCACAAUUGACUAUACUCACUCAUACUAGUCACUAGCACACACUCAUUCAGAUCUGCGUGUUUCCAAUUCAGAUCUGAAUUAAUUCAGUUAAAUUAUAGCAAUGCGGUCGUUACUAAAUUCAUCCUUCACAACGGCGAUUAUAUCGUUGCUAUUAUUAGUAAGGGCGGCUAUAUACGUAGAGGCAUCUGUUCAUAAUUACGCCGGAGAUAAAUUCAUUAAAAAAGGAAAUGCGUUUGUUAUCCAUGGCGGCAGUGAAGGCAUCUAUUUCUCUCAUUCUUCCACUAAUUCUAAUUCUUCUUCUAAUGGCGAUGCUUACAUUCGAUUUGAGAAGAUUGUAUUUCGAAGGCCUCGAGAGGCUUCAAAUUUUAGCUCAGGGUUGGUAUAUGCCAUUCUUUUUGAGGUGGAUGACCGAGAGACUAUUGGUGGCUCAGCCUAUGGAGGCCAAAGAGCUAUCUGUUGCACUGCAGAUCUAGCGAAAUUGGGUGCAUGCAAGGAAGGGGAGGUUAUUCACCGCUUAUCCACAACAAAUCCUGGGUGGCCUGAAGUAUUUGGUGUCUCGUUCGAGGUCAAUGAAGAAACUUCUACUUUGGAACCGAGGUCUAUUCAGAUUACAAGAACCGGGAUGUAUAAUUUGUAUUUUAUGCAUUGUGAACCAAGACUCUCUGAUGUGGUUGUGGAAGGGGAAACGAUAUGGAAAAAUCCCAGUGGUUACCUUCCGGGGAGAAUGGCACCUCUUUUGAACUUCUAUGGGUUCAUGUCUCUUGGAUUUCUAGUCCUUGGGAUCUUCUGGUUCUCCCAGUAUGCAAGAUUCUGGAAGGAGGUUCUUCACUUGCAGAAUUGUAUAACAUUAGUUAUAACACUGGGAAUGUUUGAGAUGGCAUUAUGGUAUUUUGAUUAUGCAGAGUUCAAUGAGAGUGGAGUGCGACCGACAGGGAUUACAGUAUGGGCAGUAACCUUUGGCACCGUUAAACGCACUGUCUCACGCUUGAUCAUUCUUACUGUUGCUAUGGGAUAUGGAGUUGUUAGGCCAACCUUGGGUGGUCUUACUUCAAAAGUUGUCAUGCUUGGGGGAACAUUUUUUGUUGCUUCUGAGGUACUUGAAUUGGUGGAGCAUGUUGGUGCUGUCAGUGAUCUGUCUGGAAAGGCAAUGUUAUUUUUAUCUCUCCCCGUGGCAGUCUUGGAUGCAUUCUUUGUUCUAUGGAUAUUCACAUCCCUUUCUGCCACUCUGAAUAAGCUCCAGGCCAAGCGAAUGAUGGCCAAACUAGAUAUAUACAGGAAAUUCACAAAUGCUUUGGCUGUAGCUGUUAUUGUGUCAGUGGGCUGGAUAUGCUAUGAGCUUUAUUUUAAGUCAACUGAUAUAUACAAUGAGCAAUGGCAAAAUGCUUGGAUCAUCCCUGCCUUCUGGCACGUUCUGUCGUUCUCUCUUCUCUGUGUCAUCUGUGCUCUUUGGGCUCCGUCUCAGAAUUCAAUGAGAUAUGCAUACUCUGAUGAUGGAAGUGAAGAAUUUGAUAAGGAGGAUACUCUAACGCUUAUAAAACCAUCCCCUGUCUCAACUAAAGACGUAACUGAACUAAGAUCAGUUCACAGUGAUGAUGGUGAUUUGGAAGAAGAUAAAACAGAGUAAUUAUGAAAAGUAUCCACAAGGUUUUGGUUAGCAUCCAUGGUAUCCUAUGCUCUUUUGUAUGCUUAUCGAUUAUAAAUUUCUUUUGUUAAAUUUAUAUAAUACGGAGUAGUACUAUUUUACUAGCUGUAUAUUUUACAAGGUCUUUAAUAAUCCAUUGUGAAUUUUGAGUAAUUUUAGCUGCCACUCCUAUAGUUCUAUAGAAUGGUGGCUGAUGAUGUCCCCUAUGUUUCUAGCAGUAGUUUACGGAAUGAUUAUUAGUUUGUGUUAGAUCAUUUUGAAAAGGAAAUGUAAUGAUGGGUAUAUUUACGUUA